CGUUGACGGGCAGCCGGGCCCGGGAGGCGCCGCCUCCCUGACGUCUCGCUCCGGGAUUUGCACGGGUUGCGGUGCCGCGGCGGCCGCCGCUCAGUGUCUGUCGAGCCGGCGGCGGGAGCUGCCGGAGCCGGAGCGCGGCUCGGCUGCAGCGGGCAGCGCGGACGCCCGGCCCGGCCCGGCCCCUCCCGGGCGCAGCAUGGAGCUGCCGGCGGUGGGGGAGCACGUCUUCGCCGUGGAGAGCAUCGAGAAGAAGCGGAUCCGAAUGGGCAGAGUGGAGUACCUGGUGAAAUGGAGGGGCUGGUCGCCCAAAUACAACACGUGGGAGCCCGAGGAGAACAUCCUGGACCCCCGGCUGCUGAUCGCCUUCCAGAACAGGGAGCGGCAGGAGCAGCUGAUGGGAUACCGCAAGCGGGGGCCCAAGCCAAAGCCGCUCGUCAUGCAGCUUCCCUCCUUCGCUCGCCGCUCAAACAUCCUGACGGGGCUGCAGGACCCUGCUGUGGACACCAGGCCAAAGCUGGACCUCGGCUCCUCCGGCAAGAGCCAGCAGCACCAGUAUGAACUCAACAGCAAGAAGCACCACCAGUACCAGCCCAAUGGCAAGGAGAGCAGCAUGAAGCACCAGUCCCACAGCAAAGGCAAGUAUUACUACCAGCUGAACAGCAAGAAGCACCACCACUACCAGCCGGACCCCAAGAUGUAUGAGCCCCAUUACCAGCCCAGCAGCAAGGAGCCGCAGAGCCAGGCCUGCUUGGACAGUAACAAGAGCCCCUUGGUCGCCCAUCCGGACAAGUGGGCGCACGGCCCGGCCAAAAACCUGCUGGGCCCAGUCAAGAACCUCUCUGCCGAGAGCAAGAACGGGGCUGAGAAGAACCUGUCCAGUGGUACCGGGCCCCCCCCUCGGGACAGGGUGACGAGCAACGGCCUCGGGGGCAAGAUGAAGAUCGUCAAGAACAAAAACAAGAACGGGCGCAUCGUGAUCGUCAUGAGCAAGUACAUGGAGAACGGCAUGCAGGCGGUGAAGAUCAAGUCCGGGGAGCCGCCCCGGAAGCGGGCUACGGAGGAGAGGACUCCUAAGAAGGGUGGGGAAGAGAAGCUGGAGGCUUGGAGGAAGCCGGGGGAGGAAAGGGUGGUGGGCAGCAAUGCCCUGAGCGCCGCAGAGGCCGAGGGCAGGCAGCCCCCCGCAGAGCUGGAGGAGGGCCCCAGGAAGCCUCCCCCGGCCAAGGAGCUUCCCCUUCCUCCGACGGAGCAGCCCCUGCAGCUCACCACCAAGCCGGACCUCGUGCCCUGGUCCCUGAGCCCUGGGCGGGAGCACAGCCCGUCCUCCAUGGGACUGAACCUCUCCAGCCCGGGUGCCCGCAAGCGCUGCCUGUCGGAGCCGCACGGGGACCGGGAGCCAGGCAAGAAGCGCCUGACGUCCCGGAGCAUCAGUGCCCCCACCUGCCUCAGCCCUCCUGGCCCCGAGCGGCUGGAGGCACCCGCCGCUGCCCAGCCAGAGGUCAUCCUGCUGGAUUCGGACCUGGACGAGCCCAUAGACUUGCGCUGUGUGAAGCCGCGGGCGGAGGGCGAGCCGGCCCUGGCACAGGUGAAGCCGGAGGUGCCGCCGGUGCCGGCCGAGAAGCCGGCUGCGGAGCCACCGCAGCCCCAGGAGGCUGCAGAGGAGGAGGAGGAGGCCGAAUCCCUGCAGGAAUUCAAGCCCUUCUUUGGGAAUAUAAUUAUCACAGACGUGACCGCAAACUGCUUGACCGUGACCUUCAAGGAGUACGUGACGGUGUGAGGUGGCCGGUGGCUGCUCCCCAUGGGAGCCGCCUGCCCGCCCCGGGGCCACCGGCCCCACCGCCUCCCUCCAAGGUACUGGUGCCCCCUUCCCGAAGCCCACGCAGGGCGGCAGAGCCUGCCCUGGCUGCGGGGACACCGGGGCGCGGCGCGGUGGCCGUCCCUGCCACGCGGGGUGUCCUCUGCUGCUGCUCCCGCCCCGGGUCGUGGGGCUGCCGCUGGGACCUGCAAGCGCCGGGACUGGCGAGGAUGGGGCCUGCCAGUUACUCAGAGUUAUAGUAUUAUAUUUUAACAGUGCUAACUUGUCGAGUGAUUCUUGCUCCCGUUUGUACGUGGUGUUAUUGAAAUGUAUUGUUUGAGCUGAAAGCUGGUCGCCCUCCGACCGUGCUAAUAUAUUUAUUUGUAGGUAUUUAUAUAAUGAAAUAUAAAGCCUAGAUUUAUGGAGUCCCUAGAUCACCUUAUAAACUAUAUCAAACGAAUAUUUUCUGUUUUCCUUUUUAACCAUUCAGCAUUUGCUAGUCUCGUCCCCUUGCCCUCCUUACGACCCGCAGGACCAUCCCUGGUAUAUAUUUUUUGAUACUGUACACAUGUGGUGUUUCUAUGUGCAAAAAAAAAAUCGUUAUCUAAAGCUAAACAAGCUAUUAUAGAAAUUGCUGCUAUUAGAAAUGUCUAAACUAUAAGCUUCCAAUUAUUAAUUGCUUGAAUGUAAAUAUUAAAUGGAGAUGUUGAAAGUGCAUUUGAUGUUCUGCAGCUAGUGUAGAUCGGAUUGCAAAGCCCAGCUGCUCGUAGGUGGAGCGCGAGCUGCCAGCAGCGCUUCCUGGUCCGAGGGCUGUGUCAUGGGGGGAGAAAUGUAUCAUGCAAUCAUUGCAAAGGACUAUAAACCUUUACAAAAGCUA